AUGGAACUGUCACCCACAUCAGAUGUUGCCAAUACCCCAUACUGGACGCCUAACAGCGAAGGACGGACCAGCAGUUGGACUCGAAGCCUCAUCGCCAGAGUUGAAGACCAGUACAAAGAAAAGACUGUACAAACCGACGGCAACUCGGUUGACACAGUCAACGACGUCUGA